AUGUUUGGUAAUGGUAGGGUGGAGGAUGUGGGCUCUGACGACGAUGAGAGCGAUGGCCAUGGAGUGGGUUUGCCUGCGCGCCGCCAAACCCGCUUCAUCAGCGAUUCUUUGCAAUUUACUGGCACCGACCUGGGCGAUCGCUCCGAUGGUGUCGUCCGCCGCGGGAAACGUUACCAGAACUCGGGCGACGAGUCCGACUCCCAGGCAACAUCCGACAAUGGUGAAAGCGAAGAUGAAGAUGAGACCGAGGGCAGCCAGAGCGGGAAUUCCCAGCUGUCCCUGAGCGCCAGGGAAGAUGCGCUUGUUCAGUCGGCCCUCAAACGAAUCAGCCGCGCGCAAGCCCAGGGCCGAACGGAUGUCAAUCUGAACAAGAACGAGCUGGCUGCGCUCGAGCGCCGACGCAAGCGCAUGCAAGAGGAGGCUGAACGGGCUGAGCGGGAGCGCGCUGCACGCGCGUCCGGAUCCAGUGGAAGCGAUCGAAAAAAGAAGCACAAGGAGCAGCGAGUUGCUGUGCCGCUAUCCCAAUUUGUGCCAGUGUCAAAAAAGGAGCGCAGUGGCAGCAGUCACCCGCCACGCAAGGACUCGCUGCCCUCGCGCUCUAUCGUGGGAGACUCUCCGGACCAGCAAGUGUACCCUCCGAUGGGAUAUUUUCCGCCGCCUUCGCAGUCGCGCUCUCGCAGCUCAUCGCAUUUGCAACGCCCUGGUAGCCGUGCUCGCGACACCAACAACAACUCGCCCCCGGUCGCCUAUUAUCAGUAUGCUUCCGGGUCUAGUCAUAGACAUGCUUCCGACUCUAUGACGCGCUCUCACACCCGCGGCCUGCCUCGUGAGGAUGCCUGGAACCCGGACUCGUCCCUGGACCCGUUUCAGUACCAGACCGAUGGAGCGCGUGCCGCUUACCCUGCUUCAUCCAGGGGCAGCCGCUCCGAGGCGGGCUACAGACAAUCGUCACACGGUCACGGCACCUCGUCGCCUGCCACUAGAAGUCACCACGGCUCUGCGCGCCCCAGCCUUAGCAGGGUGUCUGAUAGUAGCGAGACGAGCGGGGAGGACACGGCCAGCGACGAGCUUGGCAACGGAGCACAAAUCAGGGAGCAACAGCAGCAGCAGCAGCAACAGCAACAGCAGAAACAGCCUGUACGGGGGAGGAGAAGUAGAGACAUCGUCGUCGAGGUAGAACCAGAACCACCAUUACCACCACCACCAGCAAAGAAGAAGUCUUCGUCACCAACGAAACGAAAGCCCGCGCCGAACGGGAAGAAGAAGAAGAGGUAG